CUGAAAGUGUCGAGAUUUCUGCUCGCGCUCACCACUACCGCUUUUGCUGAUCUGGUGGCUGAUUGCGCCCUCUUCAGUACGAACCUUUAUCUCCCAAUCAAUCGCGAUUAUCUCGAAUCUUCCCUUUCACCAAACCUGAACAUAUUUCGCUCCACAGCCACCUCAGGAGCGAUCCCUGGUCCUUAAAAAGACAUCGACAUCAACAUCAACCAGAAGAACCUAUCGGGCGAUAUUUCAAAUUCCCUUCUCCAUUGCCACAUUAAACCCCCGAACGGACUUGACGCCUAUCAACCUACACAGCAGAAUUGCGCUGCCUGCUACUACAGGAGCAAGAACAGGCAUACCCUCGUCAUCAAGGCAACAAUCUUCUAGAACGAUCUGAGAGUACAUCGGCGUUUAUCAUCAGAACUGCUACUUUCUUCCUCAACAACCGUCGGUCAAUUCCCUCCCACUUCACAAUAACGAAACCCCGCCUUCUCCGACUCGCCCGAGGAAUCGCAAACAGCAAAGAACAUCAGAGGCAAAACUCCAGCCAUGACGUCCCUUAUAUUUGGCACCAUUUACAUGGGCCACAAGGGCUUUGUGCACCACAGGCGUGAAAAGCAGCGAAAGAAGAACUACGAACGCUGGGAAGGUCUGAGGGACGAAUACGACGAGCAAAGAAAGAUAAGCCGUGAAUCAAGAUCUUUGGACAUUCAGCGAACUGGAGAUGGCUACGAUCAUGGUGACGGCCGGCCCAUCCUUACUCUGCGUGACCAGCAAGAAGCCGGUGAUGCCCGAACUGGAUGGCGGCCUCAGGAAGCUUUCGAUGGUCCCAAGCUACCCGCCCCUGACAACCGUCGGUUAAGUGUGGAGGUGACCUCUGGCUCGAACUUGAGACCAUUGACAGGGCACAAGACUGGAGCCACCUGGGACGAAGGUCUUCCACAACCCUUGAAAGUGACCCGGCGCAACUGGGACGACCAUCAGAGCCCUGUCAGUGCAGAUGUGAGCCGGAGUAGCAGUCUACGACAUGCCACCAACAGCGCCAAUACCCCCAACGACAGGAGCUCAAGCAACACGCCAUCGAUAAACAGGGCUUCACCUCCCCCUGCUAUGGCAGCCCCAACAAGUGCCUCUCAUCCACAUGCCUCGAGGAAUUUCAGCACGCCAGCGAGCAUCCCACAUUAUGAGAAUACCGAUCCGGUCGAGUUCGACAUUCCUGGGGGUCCCAUGGCUGAAUUGAUCUCUCCUCACAGGCCAACGCCAUAUAUGAACCAUCAGCCACCGCAGACCUAUGCUGGUUAUCAGUCAAACCCUUUCAUGAACCAGGCACCAACCCAAGCCCCAGCACCAGCCCCAGCACCGAUCAAAGUACAGCCUACCUCGGCGGAGUUCUGGGACAGGCCAUGAGACUGCCUGCGGGCAAAUCUCGACAUGUAUCUCGUCAUGGAUCAAAUUUUUGAAUAGCGAUGGCGUUAAUACUGGAGUUGAGCCUUUUUUAAUUGGACGAAAUGAUGUGGUCGCUUCUGUCGAGUCGAGUCGUGGAGAGGCCAUCUGGAAUGCAUUUUGUGAGAGGUCUUGGAGCCUAGAAGCAUCCUGUCUACAAGCAUUACUGCAUCCUAGAGAGUGUCCACAGAGAGGUCUCUGUAGAAGACCCCUUUGGCAGGGGAAAGGUAGUCACUGCACAUACAAUCACGAAAUAGGAAGUAUAUAUGCAACCAUCUAUUCAAGCAAGCCAUUGG